ACAACAUUCUCUCACGCGCUCUAAGCUCCUGAGGAAUCACUGCAAAGAAUUUUCUCUGUUCCCAAGCGGUAGGAAGGAAAAAAAUAAUCAAUGGCGGAUCAGCUCACCGACGAUCAGAUCUCUGAGUUCAAGGAAGCGUUCAGCCUCUUCGACAAGGACGGAGAUGGGUGCAUCACUACCAAGGAGCUUGGGACAGUGAUGAGAUCUCUCGGGCAGAACCCAACGGAAGCUGAGCUGCAAGACAUGAUUAAUGAGGUGGACGCAGAUGGAAAUGGUACCAUCGACUUCCCGGAGUUCCUGAACCUGAUGGCACGUAAGAUGAAGGACACUGAUUCGGAGGAAGAGCUGAAAGAAGCCUUCAGGGUGUUUGACAAGGACCAGAACGGUUUCAUCUCAGCUGCCGAGCUCCGGCACGUGAUGACAAAUCUUGGUGAGAAGCUGACGGACGAGGAAGUUGACGAGAUGAUCCGAGAGGCUGAUGUGGACGGCGACGGCCAGAUCAACUACGAGGAGUUUGUCAAAGUCAUGAUGGCCAAGUGAGAAUCUAUCCCCUUUUGUUAAACCAAAAAAAUCAGAUGUCCCAAAUCCCCUUUCCUAUCCGGGAAGAAUAUUUAUGGAAAAAAGAACCAACAAGAGAAGAAUCGGAGAGGUGUAAUGACAUUUUCUAUAAUCUGUUUGCCUUUGGGUUAGAACAUGUUUUUUUUUUU